CUAGAGACCCGUGGAUUCGAUAUUUAUCACUUGAGCCACUAUACUGCAGUCCCUUCCAUUGGUUACACUUAGCCAUUGUUAGGUGUUGUGUUUUAGAGCAGUCAAGUUUUUGGCGCCGUUGCCGGGGACUUUCUAGAGUAUUAGGAAAGGCAGAAGUUUGUUACUUUAGCGUUUUUCUUUUCUUUUCCACCCUUGCUUUUCACUUGGGUGUUUUUGUUUUUGUUGGUGCAGAUCUGAAUCAUGGAUCCUCAUGGCUUCUCCAACAAUUGGGGGUAUCCACCACCAUCUGGGUGGUAUUACCCCGAGACUCCCUGGAGCAAUCAAGGCAGAGAAGACUAUGGAUUCGGGUUCCAGUACCAACCCCCUUACUACGGAGAACAACCGGACCCCUGGGCAUAUCAAGAACAACCUCAUUAUCAAGAAGAAUUUCUCCCACAACCAGAAGGGCCAUCGGCGCUGGAGUUACUCAUGGAGCAGUUUGCUCGAGACUGUGAGAGAACAUGCUCCAGGAUGGAUCAGUGUGUCCAGGCCUAUCGUGAAACAGAUGAGAUCCUCCUGAGCCUUAAGAAGAGCGUCGAUGAUCUUGAGCGAUCUUGGGCGCAACCUGCUCCUGAUCACCCUUCUGCUACCAUAAAAGAAGAGGAGGAGGAAGAAGAAGGCUACAAGGGCAUUGUGGAACACAUUGAAGUUGUCACGGAGAGCUCCCGUGAUGAUCAUGAUCAGGCGUGUCAUGUCGUAGCCGACCACACCUUCCCACACCCCAAACUGAGCUUUGAAGAGGCGGGCAUGAGUGAGGAGAUGCAAGAAGAUCUCAUGAAAGAAAUUGCUUGGCAACUUGCUCUCCAAUCCGUGCUAGAAGAAGAAGAGCAAGAAAGGGUGCAGAAAGAAGUUGUGGAGGAUGGCGAAAGUGAAGGUGGAGAAGUUCUUGAUCAUUUCCCAGGGGUGAUACCACAUGAAGAAGGAAGGGAGGUUGAAGAAGCAAUUGGCGUCCAGGCUGAGGACGGAGUUAAGGUGGAAGAGGCCUUCACCGGCCAUGAGUUACAUGUGAUAUCUCCACCAAACCUCGAGGAACUGCUUAGCAAGGACCCAUUUGCAGUGUCUCUUUGCCAGACCAAGGCCACCUCGACAUCGGUCCCUCUUGGUGGACGCGAUGGUGGCCAAUCGAUGUUGUCAUAUCUGGUUUGGGGCAAUGAGACGAGAGAAGAGAAGAAGAGGUCUCGAGGGUGGAGACUUCAUCUGCAUCAAGUACAUGAGCCUUCAUCACCUGCCACACCACAUGCUCAUGACUUGAGACUCCACCUCAUCGACGAGAACCUCAACUUCAAGGAGGUUCUAGCAUGGACCGAAACUUAGGAGCCAUCGUCCGGCUCACGACGUGAAAGAAGCGCUUGUUGGGAGGCAACCCAACCAGUCGGUUUGCAUCUCUUUCUCUAUUUCUCCUCGGUUGAGUCAGUUUUGUUAUUUGAUUUUAGAGUCAAUAACUCAACCUUUGUGAGAUUUUGUGUGGUGUUUGUGUUCUGAUUACUCUCUCUUUCUGGGAAUACACCGCCUGCCCCGUCCACCAUCAUUCACCCUUGAUCUGGUAACUUCGUUCUACCCUCCUUAUCUUUCCUCCAUUGAGGACAAUGUCGUGCUUAAGUGUGGGGGGAUGUUCGAUUAUGUAUGCGGGUGAAUGUUUGGCUGUUUGUGUGCUUGGAGCCUAGUCCACUGUCCAAAUUUUUAAAUUUGAGGGCUCCAAGUACGUGUUCCAUGCAAUUGCCUGCUCAGUAUGCUUUGAAUUAACAGUCUUUACAGUAAUAUGCAACCUAGGGAGGUAGUGUAGCACUAUGGAGGAUGUUGAUGCAUUUAAGAAGUCUCAUUUCUUCUUCAUAUAAAGUUGGUUGAUUGAGUGAAUUAGUGAUCUUAGGACCCUUGAAUUGUGUGGUGUUGUGGAUUUUCUACCUGUCAUGGACUCUUGUAUCAUGUUUUGAAAAUAACAGGUGCUCGAAAAUGUGCUUCAAAAUAAACGUCUCCCGUGCGAAUAGGGCGAAAGUGUGUAAGGGGAGACGGGAAUCCGUUCCCAAUUUCCACCUACUACCUCCAGCCCCCUUACAUGUAUUUCCCCCGCACGAGGCUCGAGACAUCCGCUCCUGGCAUGGCCGGUAAGAGCAGGUUGGGACCCUUGAAAAGAAAAAAAGAAAAGAAAAAUAACAGAAAACAAGCAAAACAGAAAAAAGGGGUUCCAACCAUCUUCAAAGAAAAUCGAGCACCUUGAAAAAUGUGAGUCCAUGAUCUUUUGUUUUUGAGAAUCUCUUCAUCCACAAUUCAUUUGUCCUCUGUUCACUGUUUGCCAUGAUGCCGACUGACCGAAGAAGCUAUGAGAUGACUUGUGCGUCGGUUGACCUCGUAAGCUGCUAAAUGAUCUAGGAAGUCCUCUACCUACGAUCUAGGUUGUUUGUUGCUAUAGAGGUCUGGAGAGUUGCAUUGGUUUGAGUUAGGUUUGCUUGGGGACAAGCAAACGGUUAAGUGUGGGGGAGUUUGAUAACGAUGUAAUUGCACAUGUUUGCGCCCCUAGUUCUUAUCCGUUUGAGGGGCAUAUUCGUGUGUUGUGGCCUAUUUUAUGCUAGGUUGUGUUCCUUUGUCCCAUUUCAGGUCCUAGCACAUAAAGUGAAGCAUAGGCGCAAGUUUCAAGUCAAUCAGAGAUCAAUUGACGAUUCGAGAGAGGAAACUCGGGCAUGACCUGAAGAAGAAUGGAUUUCUACCUCACUUUAUGGACAAAGAAGCGUGCAAGCUUGUUAUGAAACGAAAGAGGACGAGACUACGAGCGUCUGGGAUCAAACGGCGACUGAUUCGGAGUCCGGACGAGGGAGAAACGAAGCAUUAAACAGAGGCUGAGCAA